UUUUUUUGUAGGAAAUGAGGCAUUUGAGAAGCUCGGAACAUUUGGAAUGAUGUCAAAUUUGUUGGUGUACCUUACGACUGUGUUUAAUAUGUCUAGUAUCACCGCCACCACUCUCCUCAAUGUAUUCGAUGGCAGCAUCAAUUUCGCCACCUUGUUGGGCGCCUUCCUUUGUGAUUCCUACUUCGGUCGCCACCUUACCUUGGGUCUUUCUUGCAUUGCAUCCUUCGCUGGUUUGCUUUUAGUUGAUCUAACUGCGGUGUUCAAACAACUUCAUCCUCCUGAAUGUGGAUCAAAACAGGAAUCCGGGAAGAGAGGGAUAACGAGCUUCUUCAAUUGUGCUAAUAAAAUGUAUGUGAAAGUAAAGCCUGAUGGUAGUCCGUUCACAAGCAUGGCGAGGGUUCUGGUGGUAGCCGUGAAAAAGCGACGGUUGAAACUACCGCAACAACCGCAGUUGUGUCUUUACAGUUAUACACCACCGAAGUCGAUUAAUUUAGCUCUACCUUAUUCGAACAAAUAUAGAUUUCUUAACAAGGCAGCAAUCGUGACACCCAAAGAUACAUUCAACCCAGAUGGGUCGACAUCCGACCCAUGGAACCUAUGCAGCAUCCAACAAGUAGAAGAAUUCAAAUGUGUUAUAAAAGCUGGACCCAUAUGGAUUGGAGUUAUAACAUACUUCAUGGUAAUGAUCCAACAAAUGCAAUAUGCUGUCUUCCAAGCCCUUCAAUCCAAUAGACGCUUUUUCAACACCAACAUUCAAAUUCCUGCAGCUUCAUACAACAUCUUCACAAUGCUCACUAUUGUCAUAUUUGUACCUAUAUACGAUCGUCUCAUUGUCCCCCAACUACGUCGUAUCACAGUUUCGGCUUUGGUGGAAGAGAAAAGGAGGAAUCUUGCCUUUACAAAACCAACUUUAGGUUACCAACCCCACAGAGGGGAAAUUUCAUCGAUGUCAGCAUUAUGGCUAAUUCCACAACUUUGUUUUGCUGGGUUGGCUGAGUCAUUUACUGCAAUAGGUUUACAAGAGUUUUACUAUAGACAAUUUCCGGAGAACAUGAGAAGUGUUGCGGGUGCUUUCUUCUUCAGUGGACUUGCAGUAUCGAGUUACUUAAAUGGUUUUUUGGUGACAAUUAUUCAUCGAACAACCAAAGGGGCUGCCACGGGAAAUUGGUUGCCUGAGGAUCUUAACAAGGGUAGAUUGGACUAUUUCCAUUUUCUAAUGACUUGUAUUGGGAUCAUGAAUCUAGGCUACUUUCUGUUGUUUUCAAGUUGGUAUAGAUACAAAGAAACGAAUUGUGCCCAAGAUGGUGAUGUCAUGGUGGAGAUGGAGAAAAAACCUGAUAAAUCUUUGGUUUAA